AUGGUCCGUGCUACUAUCUUCGUUUCUGCUCUCUUCGCUUUGGCUGCCACUGUUUCUGCCAUCCCUCGUCCUGACGGUACCUUGGUUGAUAUUGACUCUGGUGAUCAUAUCGGUACUGGUGACCUCAACUUUGACAAUGCCUUGCAAAACGUUGUCAAUGCCAACAAUCUCCGAGUCCAAGAUGUCGGUUAUGAUAUCAAUGCCUUGUCUGAUGACUAUGAUGGCGCCCACUCUGGUAACAGGGGCUCUGACUGCGGUCACCACCACCACCACCACCGCGGUGGUCUUCUCCACGGUCUCCUCAAGCGUGGAGAAGCUCCUGCUGGCACUGUCAGAAUCGCUAGAAAGAACAAGGGCAAGAAGAUGAUGAACAACAAGUCCAAGAAGGCUGCUGCUGCUGCUGCUGCUGCUGUCAAGAUGGCUUAA